CCCGAGCAGGAUGUGGCUGCUGGGUGUGCCCUGGGCACUGGCCCUGUUGGUCAGCGCAGCCCCCCCCUCGGCGGCCCCCCUGGACCCCGCGGCCAUCUUCUCCGACCUGUCCCCGGAGGAGCUCCGGGCCGUGCGGACCUUCCUGAUGGAGCGGCCGGAGCUGGGCCUGGCCCCGAGCCGGGGGGGCCCCCUGGCCAAGAACUCGUUGUUCCUGGUGGAGCUGCUGCCGCCCCCCAAGCGCGCCGCGCUGCGGUUCCUGGCGCACGGGGGGCCUCGGCCGCGGCGCGAGGCUCGAGCCAUCAUCUUCUUCGGGGCGCAGGCGGAGCCCAACGUCACCGAGCUGGCCGUGGGGCCCCUGCCGCGGCCCAGCUCCUACCGCGUGCUGGGGCUCAGGGGGGGCCGUGCCGUGCCCUUCUGGGCGCGGCCCAUGACCCAGCUGGAGUACGAGCUGCUGCACGAGGCGCUGGUGGCGGCCGUGGCGCCGCUGGAGCCGCUGCUGCUCGAGGCCACCGGCUUCGGCUUCCAGAACUGCUCCAGGCGCUGCCUCACCUUCUCCGACAUCGCGCCGCGCGGGCUGGGCCCCGGCGAGCGCCGCACCUGGCUGGUGAUCCAGCGCUUCGUCGAGGGCUACUUCCUGCACCCCGUGGGGCUGGAGGUGCUGCUGGACCACCGGGACCCCGACCCGCGGCGCUGGGCCGUGCGGCAGCUCUGGUACAACGGGCGCUACUUCGACAGCGUGAGGGAGCUGGCCGAGCUCCACGCGCGGGGGGCGCUGCCCCUGGCCCGCCUGCCCAAGCCCCCCGCCCGCCACCUCUUCUCCAGCUACGAGCCCCGCGGGCGCUUCUUCACCGGGACGCCCACCGAGGUGCACGGCGCCAAGGUGUGCGAGCCGCAGGGCCGGCGCUACCGCCUGCGCGGCAACCGGCUGGAGUACGGCGGCUGGAGCCUGGCCUUCCGCCUGCGCUCCUCCGCCGGCCUCCAGCUCUUC